GAAUAACACAUAUGUAUGUGUUACGUAAAAGAUGAGGUGACAUAUGACUUAUUUAAUCAUCUUAUUCCAGAAUGUGACUCCCAACAUUAUGGGAGCAAGUGCAACAUGAGUUGUAGCUCCAGACACUGUGUGAAGAGCUCUUCCUGUGACGCAACAGGGAUCUGUGAUGGUGGAUGUGAAGCAGGCUGGACAGGGGAUGACUGUACAGAGAAAGUUGCCACACAUACCCCAAGUCAGCAGCCUGAAGCCGCCUCUUUUCCAAUCGCUGCUGUAGUGGGAGCUGUAGUCGGCGUGGUGGUGAUACUGCUACUGGUCCUCGCAGUCAUCCUGAUCAGAAGAAGACGGGGGAAAAGUCAUGGACGCUCAACACACAAGCCAGUGGCUGCUGAUAACGUGAAACCCACACAAGCGGAAGACAUUGGUAUGUACAUGAAUAUCGGAUUUGAUAACGACGAGAAACCAACGUUGUCUCCGGAGAAGACAUCAGCUAAACAAAUGAAGGCUCGUAGGCAGACCGAAUCCCAAGGCAAUUCAGCAGGGGAAGCUGUCUCUACGACUGGAAGCAAGGAUAUGGGUAAAGGCGGAACAGGUGACCUUGACCUUCAGAACGUGGAGGAGGAAGAGGACUAUGACUUGUCUCAGCAGCCUGCACAGGUUGAGGACAAACCAGAGGCCCCUGACAGAAACUACUACAACCUGGACGACAAUGGACGGGAUCACGUGAUUCCUGUGUCAGAAUUACAGAAAAGGGUGGAAGAAAUGACUCCAGCAAGUGCAGAAGAAGAAUUCAAGCGACUUCCUGAUGGUUAUGUACACUCCUAUGAUGAAUCACAACAACCUAAAAACAAAGGAAAGAACAGGUUCAGAGGCUAUUACCCAUAUGAUUACAACCGCGUGGUGCUGCACCACGUCAGUGACGAGAAAGAUGGAGACUACAUCAACGCCAGCUACCUCGAUGGAUAUAAAGCAGAAAAGCGUUACAUAGCAGCACAAGGUCCCUAUGGACCGGAAGUAGUGGUGGAUUUCUGGAGAAUGAUCUAUCAGGAGCAAUCUACAACAAUUGUCAUGGUGACGGGACUUGUAGAGGCGGGGAAGAUGAAGUGUCUUCAGUACUGGCCAGAGAAAGGAACUUCCAUUUACGGCGACAUCUCAGUUACCAAGGAGACAGAAACUCAGCUUGCAAACUACACAGUCACAAAACUGUCUGUUCACAAUAAGUCGGAGGGAAACAUACAUCACGUUCACCACUUUCACUUCACGAGUUGGCCUAACCAUGGUGUACCAGACACUUCCGCCUUGCUGGAGUUUUUGUGGAGGGUCAAGGUCACCACAAGACAUCAAACACAACCUAUCAUAGUCCACUGCAGUGCUGGUAUAGGUUGGACAGGGACGUACAUCGCUAUAGAGAGUCUCGUGGAUCAGGCAGCGGCAGAAGGUAAUGUGGACGUCGUCAGCUUCGUCUCCAGCAUGAGAGGCCAAAGGAGGAACAUGAUACAGACCAAGGAGCAGUACCUGUUCCUGUACCAGGCCGUGGCUAUGGCGGUUACAGAGGGGGACAUAUCACUGGAUGCUGACGCCAUCAGACAAAUAGAUCUCAGUCAUGUGUCUUCGCUUACAAUGGGCAACACGAACGUACAGGAACACCUGGAGGCUUUAGGAAAUACAUCCGAAAUUUCAGGAGGUCUUCCUGAAUAUCAUAUCAUCACGGUGGCAUCCUACACAUCAAGGAACGGCUUCUUCAUAAUAACGUCCCAAGUAGACAAAGAGGACCUAUGGAAUCAGAUGUAUAACAGCGAUUCGCGGACCUUGAUCACGUUGGCUACAGAAACCCAAAUCUUGCUCCCGUCGAUGGACAGUCCUGUCUCCACAUCAAGGCUGACAGCAAGCCUGCAAACGUCUAAAGUUAUAUCUAAUGAUGUUAUCCUGAACUCUAUUGAUCUCACAAUAAAUGGUGCUGACGUCACCUCAGCAAUUCAACACUAUCAUGUGACCGGAAGUACACAUGAUUCAAGUGUCACUCUGUUGAUUGACAGCUUACUUACAUGGAUGAGUGACCCAGAACGAGGUCCCUGCACAAUCGUUUCACACUCUGUGAGCGAGGCACGGUUCUUGGUCCUUUUGGUGAACAUCGCCAGCAGACUGCAGGACGACAGCAGAGUGGACGUCAUCAGCAACAUGCGACGUCUACACUCAACUCUCGGUGGACCUCCAUUCUCUCAGGAGGAUGUGCGCCGGUGUGUGGAGUUUGCUCAAAGACGAUUAGAAUCGCCUGAACUCUAUGCUAACUUGUAAAGCAUUGUUCACUUAUGGUAGUUCCUUGGAAUAUAAGUUCUGAUUUUCUUUGGAUUAACGCACGUGAGACAAGAUUUUGCCAUAGGCCAAACAUGCAUGCAAUACAAUGUCAGUAAAAUAUUUAUGACAAUGACAGAGACUAGCAGGUAAACCUGUACAAGUCUUUUCGAUGAUGAAAUCGUUAUGUAUAUUCAUUGGAUGAUGUACCCGAUGAAACAUUUACAAAAUUGUAUAAGUUAUUAAACUUUCAUGAAAGUUUCCACACAUAAAACCCCCAAAAUAUCUUAGAACGACUAACUACAUUGUCUAACAUUCAUUUAUCAUUCAAACAAUUUACGAGACAGAAUGUAAUAUGAUAAUGUCACAACAUUUCAAAAGGUAUUAUGAUUCCUUUAGCAAAUUAUACUGUUAUUUGUACGUGCAUUCACGUAUUUGUAUGAUGAUUUUUCUUUGGGAAAAGGCGUAUCGGCUACCGACAAGCUCUACAACAAAGCAGUCUUGGUAUAUCUGUCCACGUUUAGCCCACGGGAGAUCUAUGUCCAUCUUGCCCAAUGCUAAUCUAGAGCAAUUAACAGUGUUAACAUACAA